GACAACGACAAGCGAGUUGAAUUAAAGUGAAAUUGCAUUUGUUUGUAUUGUACAUUGAGGUGUGAUAAUAUUUUCAGUAUUUUACUAUAAAAUUAUAAUAAAUAAGUAGAAACAAUAUUUUGUAUUACAAGUAUUGCUAGAGAUAUUUCUAACAAUGUCAGAGUCUUCGAAAUCUAAAUCUUCGUUAAAUUUAAAUCCGGCUCCGACGUUACAGUGCAAAGAUCUUCACGAAUAUUUGAAGAGCCGCUCGCCUCAGUUCUUGGAGACUUUGUAUAACUAUCCUACUAUUUGCUUGGCUGUUUAUCGGGAACUACCGGAACUGGCACGUCACUUCGUAAUCCGCCUGUUGUUCGUAGAGCAGCCUGUGCCGCAAGCCGUGGUCACCUCCUGGGUCUCACAGACAUACGCCAAAGAGCAAAGCAAAGCGUCAGAAGCACUAUCAGAGUUAUUAGUGUGGCAAGAGGCGCCGAUCCCCGGCGGAAUGCCUGGGUGGAUGCUGGCGCAGUCCUUCAAGAAGAACCUGAAAGUAGCUCUGCUGGGAGGGGGCAGGCCGUGGAGCCUGUCGUCGUCGCUGGAGCCCGACGGGCGGGCGCGCGACGUGCCGUUCCUGGACGCGUACGCGGCGGAGCGCUGGCAGUGCGUGCUGCACUACAUGGUGGGCAGCGCGCAGACCGAGGGCAUCAGCGCGGACGCCGUGCGCAUCCUGCUGCACGCCGGCCUCAUGACCAGAGAUGCAGAAGAUGGUUCAGCAGUUAUAACCAGAGCGGGUUUUCAGUUUCUACUACUGAGUACGGCCAAACAGGUGUGGCUUUUCCUCCAGCACUACCUCCACACGGCGGAGAAGCGCAGCCUGAGCGCGGCGGAGUGCCUCGCUUUCUUGUACCAGCUCAGUUUCAGCACAUUAGGCAAGGAUUAUAGCACGGAGGGUAUGAGCAAUAACAUGUUGGUAUUUCUACAGCAUCUCAGAGAAUUCGGCUUGGUUUACCAAAGAAAGCGCAAAGCAGGUCGCUUCUACCCGACUCGGCUCGCCCUGAACAUAGCGUGCGUUCGCGAGGCCCCCCCCGCCGCGCUGGCUACGCCCGCCACGGCCGGCUACAUCGUGGUGGAGACCAACUACCGCGUGUACGCGUACACGCAGACCAGCCUGCAGGUCGCUCUGCUGGGGCUGUUCACGGAGCUCAUAUACAGGUUUCCGAAUCUAGUGGUGGGCGUGCUGACCCGCGAGUCGGUGCGGCAGGCGCUGCGCGGCGGCAUCACGGCGCAGCAGAUCAUACACUACUUAGAGCAGCAUGCGCAUCCGCAGAUGUUGAAGACGGAGAGCGGCCUGAUCCGGCCGACGUCCGUGUUGCCGCCCACCGUGGUGGACCAGGUCAGGCUGUGGGAGUCCGAGAGGAACCGGUUCACAUACACCGAGGGCGUGGUCUACAAUCAGUUCUUGUCGCAGGCCGACUUCGCUCUCCUGCGCGACUACGCCAAACAGCAGGGCGUCCUGACCUGGCAGAACGAGCGGACCAGGACGAUGAUCGUCACCAGGGCGGGCCACGAUGACGUCAAGAAGUUCUACAAGAGGCAUUCGAAGAGCUCAUAACGUAUGCGCUAAUGUUGGAUAAUGUGUGGGGGGGGAAUCUACCUGUAGGCUGGUGUGGUGCCUGGGGAACCGCGCGACAGACAUUAUGAUAUAUUUAUAGAUACAUACAUAUGAUCACGUCUUUAUCCCUAUCGGGGUAGACAGAGCCACCAGUCUUGAAAAGACUGAUAGGCCACGCUCAGCUGUUUGGCUUUGUGAUAGAAUUGAGAUUCAAAUAGUGACAGGUCAUGUCAUAUUUAUAGGUAUUUAUAAAUAUCCAUGCAAUAAAACCACAGGAUAGCUUGGACACGAAUGCCAUCUAUUUCAAAGAUGCGCGCGCAUAGUAUGCCGCACCAUAGAUAAACAAGAACAUAACAAGAAAGAGUUUGUUUAACAUUUCAUACUUUUUUGGACAUAUAUAUCACAUUGUCGAGUCGGAGGCUGUAUUUAUGCUCCCAGUAUGUGAAAUUUUAAUAUUGCGAUUUAGCAUACGCGCUGUGAUUGGCCGGUGGCGUAUGACGUUUGAGAUGUCGCCGCAGUCUUCGCUGCUAUUGGCUGAGCGUGUCGUAUUCUCGCUGUGAUUGCUUGAUAGCGAGUGACGUUAGUAAUGUCGCCGGAACUUACAAAGUUAAUAGGACAGUUGUCUUCACUUGCCUCUCACUCUAUUUUUAAUGUAAUACGAAGUGUUAAAAAGAGAGAGAACAUUGAAGUUAUGCCUUGUUAACUUUCGUGUUUAAGUGGACUGGGUAUACUUUGAUUUUACAAAGUCUAAAGUUUAAUAUAAUAAGGUUAAACGCAAUUACAGCAAUACCAUAGUUAUGAUUAAGUGUUAAAAUACCUUGUACA